GCAUGGAGGGCCGCUGUUCCCUGCCCCCUCAUUAGCAUGCGUUAUAUUGCCCUCCUUACGAAAGCAUCAUGGCAAGUCAUACCACUUGGGCCAACGGGGAAGUGAGUCAAGCAGGUGUCUUUGUGAGGAAAUUCACAUAAACACGGGAGAAGAGAGAGAGGCAAAGACUUGUCACAUUUAGUUGUUUUUUGUUUUCUUUUGUCUACAUACAGAUCCACGUGAAAUAGCCCAUUGAAUCAAUAACAUCGAAUAGGACGUGGAAGUCAAUAAAAAACUUUUUUGAUGUUUGCAAAAAUGGUGUCCAAGUUGACAUCUUUACAGCAGGAGCUUCUAAGCGCCCUGCUGGAUUCAGGAGUAACCAAAGAUGUGCUUAUCCAAGCACUGGACGACAUGGACCCCAGGCCGAACAGUUUUGGAGUUAAACUGGAGAAUUUACAGAUGUCACCGUCAAGUUCUAAAAUGAAUGGGAGCGACACGGACUCCAAGCCGGUGUUUCACACAUUAACUAACGGACACGGGAAGGGAAAGUUAUCCGGGGACGAGGGCUCUGAGGACGGAGAUGAUUUCGACACACCGCCGAUUUUGAAAGAGCUCCAGUCGCUAAAUACGGAGGAGGCAGCGGAGCAGAGGGCAGAAGUGGACCGCAUGCUUGCCGAGGACCCGUGGCGCGCGGCUCGCAUGAUCAAAGGGUACAUGCAGCAGCACAACAUCCCACAGCGCGAGGUGGUGGACGUUACCGGGCUCAACCAGUCUCACCUCUCGCAGCACCUCAACAAAGGCACGCCCAUGAAAACACAGAAACGAGCGGCACUCUACACCUGGUACGUCAGGAAACAGCGGGAAAUUCUGCUGCAGUUCAACCAGGCAAGUCAAGGUUCUGUCAGUAUGACAGACAAAGGCAGUCAGGAUCAGGUGCUGUUUUUUUUCCCAGAGUUCAAUCAGUCCGGGCAAGGCAUGGCACAGCCUGGGGAUGACCCGGCCGGCGAGCCCGCCAGCAAAAAACUGCGUCGGAACCGCUUCAAGUGGGGUCCCGCUUCCCAACAAAUCCUCUACCAGGCAUACGAUAGGCAGAAGAACCCCAGCAAGGAGGAGCGGGAGGCUCUGGUGGAGGAGUGCAACAGGGCUGAGUGCCUGCAGCGGGGAGUGUCCCCGUCCAAAGCUCAGGGUCUGGGCUCUAACCUGGUGACCGAGGUGCGGGUGUACAACUGGUUCGCCAACCGCCGCAAAGAGGAGGCCUUCCGUCAGAAGCUUGCGAUGGACUCGUACCCGACCCACAACAUGAACCCUCUGCUCUCACACGGAUCACCCCAUCACCCACAGACCAGCGUUUCCCCACCCAGUAAGAUGCAGAGUGUUCGAUACAGCCAGCAGGGGCCUGGCGAAGUCAGCUCUUCGACAACCAUCAGUCACCACGGCAACAGCGGCAUGGUGACCAGUCAGUCGGUCCUGCAGCAGGUGUCGCCUGGCGGACUGGACCACAGCAGCCACAGCCUGCUGUCCCCGGAGGCCAAGAUGAUCUCUGUGUCGGGUGGAGGAUUGCCACCGGUCAGCACGCUCACCAACAUCCACAGCUCCCACCACCCGCACCAGCAGACCCAGAACCUCAUCAUGCCCCUGUCCGGCGUCAUGGCCAUCGCACAGAGUCUGAACACGUCGCAGGCGCAGACGGUGCCGGUCAUCAACAGCGUGGCGGGUAGCCUGGCGGCGCUGCAGCCGGUGCAGUUCUCGCAGACGCUGCACAGCCCCCACCACCAGCAGGGCCUCAUGCAGUCCUCGUCUGGACACAUGAGCCAGCAGCCCUUCAUGGCCACCGUCACACACUCACACAUGUACCCACACAAACAGGAGCCCCCUCAGUAUUCUCACCCGUCACGUUUCCCCUCAGCGAUGGUUGUCACGGACGCCAACAUCAGCACCCUCAGCUCAAUGUCCUCAAGCAAGCAGGAUUCUCCAGUAAACAAGAUGGUGCAACUGGGAGGUCUCUCCUGGUGUCCCCUGCAAGCCUGGUGAACGAGCACACCUGACUUCAUCGGAGCCUAGCAACUGAGGCCACAUUUUUCCACCCAUGCGCCACCGUAUCCGUGGCAACUCCUAAUAACUGGCAACUGCUCACCGGCUGAUGAGUCAGUCAAUAAAUCAGGACUUGCAGCCGGGGCAGAGGAACGAGGGAAGAGAAGAAAAAGAGAGAACAGAGAGAGAGAGAGAGAGAGAGAGAAGCAAGAGAAGUGCACUGUGUCUCCAGUCCUUCAAGCCAAUGCACGGGAAAGAAGCAGACUGGAUUCUUCUCUGCUGGACGAUCAACUUGGAUCAACCUUAACCCUUCAGCCUAUAUAAGUUCUUCUCAAGCAACAGUAUUCGUUGUCACAGUUGAGUAAUGUUCCCUGGGGGUGGAAGAAAAACAGAUGUGCAAGUGAUCCUAGCAAACGUGACGAACAAACACACAGAAGGUGUGGCGCAUGCAUAACCAGACUGGUGGUCAACACUGUUUGAAACAUUCUUUAAAUUGACACCGUGCACUCUGAUCACGUGCUCGUAGCACAGAAAUCAAACCGCCAACAGGGGCGCUGUUGAGUCCCAUGUGAACUGAAUUGUAUGGUAGCCUAGAUUCUGCUGUACUGCUCUGCUAUCAUGAAAUAUCUUUGAAGUCUUUCGUUUUUUUUAUUUUUAUUUUAUUAUUAUUGCCAUGAAGCAUUCACUCUACGCUGUACGCAUGCACCCAUAUUGUAUGACAAUCAGUUAUCCCGAGCUUUACCUAUAUGAGUUAGAGUGAGUUAAUCGCACACUGACAAUUUUUUUUAGCACAGCCUUUCCUGCAGGUUAAGUCUUCCAAGCAACGUGGAAAAGGGACACCGUGCUUUCUAUGCAGUGUACAGUCAUCUGUAGAUAUGAAGGAGAUACGUUUUGCUGUGUGUGUGGCAUGUAAAUAUUUGACAGUUUGGAAGACUAUGUGGAAAGGUGAGAAUAUGCAGUGUGUAAUUGGUAUGUAUUUUUGCUUUACCGAGUUUUGUUCUGUGCAUGAACUGUGAUUUUUGUUUUCGUUUAUGACAAUCUUAUCACCACACUAUGGAAGGACUUUGCAAUCAAUGGUACUGCAAUCAGUUGAGUUUUGAAGAAUAUGGAGGAUGAAUGUCCAAGCAGAUCCUUCCCAACAAUGUGAUGAAAAAAAAUCAGUACUGAUUCUGAUUAUGAAGAAAUAGGAAACUUUGUGAAGAUGGACAUGGCGUCCAAGAGUAAGAAGGACAAAAUUGACUCUGGGUUGAAGAGUCUUUGUUAGAGUAACCCAAAUGGUCAGCUUGCAUGAAUGUAGAUCUAAUUGCUUCAGAAGACUUUUGUAGCACAUUUUUUGUAUGUCCAGGAAAGGAUACUGGGCUGAACACACAUAUCUCAAACAAUUAAUGCUGGUUAUGACGUAUACCUCUAUCAUUGAAAUUUCACUAGAGGCAUAACUUUUGCCUUACAACACAGUUUCAUUGGAGCCAUCAUGGUGAAUACUGUAUUGUCCCCUCAGCACCAGCGGACCAAUCAGUUGGAAGGAUUUCUGUUUGUUUGAUCAUGGAAUCAUUUGUUUAAGUCCAUGGUCAUUUUUCAGCAUGUUAGUAAUAUUAUCAGAGUAUCUGGCAUUGGAAUGGUAAUUUUAGUGAAGGUCAUAUUUUCUAGUUCCCAAUAAUAGUAUGUGGUAAUACACCAGAAUUCCUUGGACGUUGAAAAGGGAGUGUACCCAAAUCAGUUAUAUCUGACUCUAGAGCAAACAGUAUUACUUAGACGCUUGUUCAACCCCAGACACAAAGAAAACCUCACUGUGUAACAAGCCUGAAUGGAUCUGCCAUGACUCAAUUUAAAAUGAUUUUCAAUUCUUUAUUCUAAAAUGGUUAUCUACAGUUGAUAUUGAAUUGAAGAUGCAUUGUCUGUGAUUUGUAGAAAGGUUUCUUCAAAAUGUUGCUCUACAUUCCCUAGCACCAAUGUAAAGACAGUUUCUAAAGGUCACUGUUGAUAUAUUUUUUUUUGUGAUGAUAUUUUGUCGUAUCCGCUGCGGACCAACCCACUGCCAGGGACUUACUGGUUACAGCUCACAGUUUGUACUAAAACCACAAAAAGAUGUGAUUCCUGUUGUAUUAUUUUUGUAUAAAUAUGAAAAUUAAUCUUUUAAAAUCAUUAUUUAUACUUGUACACAAAUAACUUGAUAUUUCAAGUAAAGAUGUUGUUUUCCAAAAUGA